AUGGGUUCCUACGACAACAAUCCCUUUGCGGACGAUGAUGUUAACCCCUUCGCCGAUGGAGCUAAAGGAAAAGCUUCUGGUGGACGAUCACAAUUUGGGGCAGGCUCAUUCUUUUCCACUAGUUCAUCAUCAAAGUUAUCGCCCCUUCCUCAUGAGCCUUAUGAUCGUAGUGCAACGGUUGACAUUCCUCUUGACUCAACUAAGGACCUCAAAGCAAGGGAGAAGGAACUUGAAGCUAGAGAGGCUGAAUUGAAAAAAAGGGAACAGGAACUGAAACGAAAGGAAGAUGCUAUAGCACGAGCUGGAAUAGUGAUAGAGGAAAAGAAUUGGCCACCAUUAUUCCCUAUCAUUCAUCAUGACAUUGCAGCCGAAAUACCAAUACAUCUUCAAAGGAUCCAGUAUGUUGCAUUCACAACAUGGUUGGGAGUGAUAACGUGUCUUACAUGGAAUUUGGUAGCAGUUAGUGUGGCUUGGGCGUAUGGAGGAGCUAUGUCAAACUGGUUUCUUGCUGUCAUAUACCUUAUUUCGGGAGUUCCAGGAUCAUUUACAUUGUGGUAUCGCCCUCUUUAUCGUGCUAGCAGGACGGACAGUGCUCUCAAGUUUGGUUGGUUUUUCCUGUGUUACUCGGUGCACUGUUUCUUUUGCGCUUAUGCUGCAAUUGCGCCUCCGUUUUUCUUCAAUGGAGAAUCCCUAACGGGUAUACUACCUGCGCUUGAGGAGUUAACCUCUAAUUCACUUGUUGCGGGAUUCUACUUUGCUGGUUUUGCAUGUUUCGCCAUUGAAACAAUGCUAAGCUUAUGGGUUAUUCAGCAAGUAUACCAUUAUUUCCGGGGGACUGGGAAGGCCACGGAGUUAAGAAAAGCCGCUGCCAGAGAGACCAUGAUGGCAGCUCUAUAACACUUGCAAACAUCAAGAAAUGUCACUUUGCAAACAUACACAAAAAUGUUAUUCCUUUAGUACAUAUGCAAUAUUUAUUGUGUUUUUAAAAGAGGGAAAAAGAAAAAGAAAAAGAAAGAAAAGAUUUCGAAGGAUAAAGUGAAUUUCAUUUUACACUUCGAACAUUUGUCUUUCUUGUCAUUUUCUUCCCUAAUCAAAAUUCGUAAAUACCGUAUUCUUUUGUGGCGACUAAGUUAA